CUCAGCAGUACAGCUGGUGAGUGGGAGGUGAGCAAUAACAAUACAAAAUGGGGAAGAUUGUAUUCUUUGAGGAUAAGAAUUUCCAAGGUGGUAGUUAUGAAUGCAGCAGUGACAGCCCAGACCUGCACUCCUUCUUCAGCCGCUGUAACUCUAUCAGGGUGGAGAGCGGCUGCUGGGUUCUGUACGAGCGCCCCAGCUAUGCAGGCUACCAGUACAUCCUGACCCCUGGGGAGUACCCUGACCACCAGCAGUGGAUGGGCUUCAACGACAGCAUCAGAUCCUGUCGAUCUAUCAAAAACGUCUAUGGAAAUUCCUACAAGAUCAGAUGCUAUGACAGGCCAGAUUUUGCUGGCCAUAUGGCAGAGUGGAGUGAGGACUGCCCAUUGGUCCACGAAGCAUUCAAGUUCCAUGAGUUCCACUCUGCUGUGGUGAUGGACGGUGCCUGGGCAUUCUACGAGCUGCCCAACUACAGGGGGCGCCAGUACUUCCUGGAGCGCAAAGAGUACCAUAACUUCACGGACUGGGGCGCCACCUCCCCUGUCGUGGGCUCCUUCCGCAGGAUCACAGAGUUCUAGAACCUUACAACCUCUAGAGUUCUAGAGCCCUACGAUGACCCCUUUCCCAGAAACCUCUCUGCAGUGCCUUAUGACACCCACCUCUGUGUGAGAGUGUUGCAGUCUAACAAAUAAAACUCUGUCUGAUUCCCACA